CAAUAUGGCCACUACCAACUCCAUUCAAAAUCCCGUCUUUGAAGAGCUUGCCUAUAUACAAGCAAGUCUCGAUGAGUUUACACACCGCGGUAAUAAUUCUAAGCCGCUUCCGUGUAGCGCUUUGCUUAAGGACCGCUCACGUCGGUGUCAAAACAACGGGUGGCUUCAAAGCCAACACGCAGAAGUCGAGAAGCUCUUUGUCGAGUUCAAGAGUAUGGUGAGGUGUCCUGAAACGGAUAUUUUAUACGAGAAGCUAGAGCUUUUUAUCACCUACACGCACUGCAACCGCCAUGUUGAAGCCGCUCUCGAGUCUUUUCGUGAAUGGGUAGAGCAACAAACAACCGCCGCUUCCAGUUCGCCGCCGAUGUCUCCAUCUGCAUCCCCCUCUCCAUUCUCAUCAUCUGAAUACAUUCUUUCAACAUCUGUAUCGGAAAUUAGCGAUCUGCUGUCUAAGACCUCUCUUUCUGGUGGACCGAUUUACGACGAACCGGUUUCAGACUGUGACUCGGAAGGUAUCUGGGAGAAACAUGAGAAAGUCGUCACCAAAGAGAUUCUCAUCUUAUCCGAUACUGCAAAGGCCGAUAAGAAAAUGAAUAUUCCCAAGGGCAGUCCAAAAACAGGAGGGAAAAUCCGUGGUCUUGGAGAUGUUCGCGCUCCAAGACGCAAAUUAUCAAAACGAGACAACACGUCAGUAUUUCAAGUGAUCAACAGCCACCCAAAGGAGGGAAUGAUGAAAGAAGGCACAGUCUAUAUCCUUGAGCAUAAGAAUAUUCCUGGCUUAUACAAGAUCGGAUUCUCGACCAUAGGCGCAGAACAGAGAUUGCGGCAACCCAGAAACUGCUAUGGAACCGACACAAAGAUCAUUCACGAGACUGAAUCAAAAUUUCGUGGAGCGCGACAGGCUGAAAAAAUUAUCCAAGCGCAGUUGUUUCAUGAUAAUAUCUUGAUUGGAGCCUGUGAGAAAUGUGGUGGGGGUCACAGAGAAUGGUUCGAGGCUGAUAGAGACAAGAUUUUCGAGACCGUUACGACCAUAGAAACAUUUGUCCAGAUGCCCGCGUACGUUAAAAAGGACAAAGAAUGGAAGCUUUCUGCUGAGGCAUAUGAAAUAGUUGGCCCGAUGUGUCGCUUGGACCUACCGGUAUUAUUGAAAGGUGGGCAUGAGGUCCAAAAAGAGGCUACAGAGGCUGGGUUAUCCCUUGAGAUUAUCUCAGAAGGAAUGGCAUUAGCGACUAUUCAAAAGAAAUCUCCAGAGCUUUCGAAUGAUGGAGAGAAGCCUGGAGAAGGCCAGCUUGCAGAACUUCCUCUCAGACCCAAGAGGAAGCAACGAGCAUCCGUAGCAGCCUCCUAGGGCAACACAAUGGCACAGAGCAAGAAGUGGUGCUUGAAGAGGAUGAUGAAUAUUUUGUAUUGCUCGUUAGCUAUAUCAUAGUUGAGAAUUAUCCAUUACGUUAUGC